GGGGACUCGGAUGCAACAAUAGGAAGAUCCAUUGACUUGUAAUACCGGUACCAGCAUUGGCAAUCCAGCCUCCCCAUCCCCAGCAUUUCCCAUUGCCUGCACCACCGUCCAACCGUGUCUGGCCUCCCAGCUCCACCCACACACACAACUGCCAACUUUCCUGUCCUGUCCUCCCUGAAUCUCCAGUUUGGAUCCCCCAUCCCCAUCCCCCGUCCCCAUCCCCAGACGGUCCCCCGGUGUUGCACGACAGAUGCUGCUGCCCAGAUGCUGCUGCACAAAGUCUGUUCGUAGUAGUAGUGUGAAGUGGAUAAAAGCAGCGUUGGCUGCUCCACUUUCGUGCCAUAUACUUUCACCUUCCCAUACUCCCGCUUGGCAGACGUACCACCACCACCAACACCAACACCAACAACAACAACAACACCACUACUACCACCGUCACACCCAAUCACACCGCCCAACAACGAACAUAUCAACGAACAUAUCCACAAAAACGAAAACGAAACCAGACACAAUGGCCGAUAAACAAAUCCAAGAAGGUGACACCGUCUCAUGGAAAUGGGGCGCCGGAAAUCCCAGCGGCGUGGUGGCGGAAGUCAAGACAUCAGGCCAGCUCGAGAUCGAAACUGCGGGCAAGAAGGUGCACAAAAACGCUGACGGGGAUAAUCCCGCCGUGCAUGUGGCCCGCGACGGGAAUGAUGUCGUUAAGAGGGCAAGUGAGCUUACGAAGGUGAAGGAGAAGGAGAGUGAUGGGGAUGGGGAGGAUGUGGAGAUGAUGGAUGGGGAGAAGGAGGUGGAGGAGAAGGAGGCGGAGGAUGGGGGGAAGGAGGUGGGUUGUGAGAAGGAGGUGAGUGGUGAGAAGGAGGUGAGCGGCAAGUCGGCAGGCGAGAAACGAGAUCGUGACGAUGUCGUGGAGGAUGCUGAGGAGGCAGCGGCGGACGGGGAGGAGAAGUCCGUUGCGGCCGAGGAACAGGAGGAUGCCGAGAAGGAGACUGGGAAGGAGGUCAAAAAACUGAAGCUUGACUCUGACGAGGAGGAGAAAUCGAGUGAGGAGAAAGAGAAGAAAGAAGAGGCUGCUCCGCCGAAAAAGAAGGCUGGAAAGGCGGCCCCAAAGACGAAGAAGUCGGAAGACUCCAAGCCGGCUGUAUUCCAUGACACCCCCGCGGCGAGGACGAGGUCGAAGGCUACGGCGUAAGGUACGGGUAAGCACUUUGAUAUUCUAUAAAUCUCGAUGGUUCAAGUGGUUGACACAGACAGGAACAUCAGUGAAUAGGAUGGGAUAGCUUUUUGAGAUUUUGUUUCUGCAAUGCUGCCAACGAUCUUUACCGUCUUACCCUGGGGGUAAAUGAGUCUAUCGGAGCGAUGAGAAUGAAUGUUCGAUUCCAGAAUGUAUUUGUACAGCAAACAGACUGUGGCACCACUCAUCUAU